ACUAUCAGCAUUUAAUCCCUCUCUCUCCUUUAUAUAGCCGAUGACUCUAUUCCCUCGACUGGUAUCAUCUCUUCUUUCCGUUCUCUUCCUCGUCGAGUGACCCUUGCACACAUAGGCAUUCCUCCGUAUUCUCUUCCUCCUUCCGGCGGUUAAUCCCAAUUUAUCCACGGUUCACUAGGACGUCAUACCCAACUGCGCUGAACCCUACAACAUCCUCACUUCCGCCACCAUGUUGUCCGCCGGUGAACGGCCCCAACCCGCCAUGACCAACGGCACCGGAGUAGUAGAUACCACGCGCGGCCCGGUCAAAAGCCCACUAUCCAGCAAUCCCAACUCGAUGUGGACCAGCAAGACCACAGUGCCCCAGCCCGAGCAAGUCCAACACAUCUGGGUCGUGACCGGGCCCGCGGGAUGCGGGAAAAGCACCGUAGGAAAAAGCAUCCAACAAGCACUGGGAGUUCCCUUCCUGGAGGGUGAUGAUUUCCACCCCCCCCUCAACAAAGAAAAAAUGUCCACCGGCAUCCCCCUCACCGACGCCGACAGAUGGGACUGGCUAAUCUCCCUCCGCAACGCCGCCAUCUCGGCCCUCUCCCCGUCCGAAACCAACAACUUCCACCCCCCCUCCGGCGUGGUAGUAGCCUGUUCGGCCCUGAAGCGCAAAUACCGAGACGUGAUGCGCGUCGCGGCGUACGGAUCCCCCUCGGUGCAAAUCCAUUUUAUUUACUUGAAACUCGAUGAGCAGAUGUUGUUGCAGAGAGUCAUGAAUCGGCAGGCGCAUUAUAUGAAGAGUAGUAUGGUGCAUUCGCAACUGAGGGAUUUGGAGGAGCCGUUGGGGGAGUGGGAUGCGUUGACGGUGGAUGUGGGGAUGGGGAAGGGGCAGGGGGAGGUCCAGGAGGAGGUGUUGGGGUUGGUGGCGGGGGUUUUGGGGGGGAGGUGAUCUUUUUUUUGAUUUCUUUUUUCUAUUGUUUGUUUGGGGUUGGUUUUGGAUUUUGGAUUCUUUAUUUUGGAGGGGUUAUGGGGUGUGGUGUUUGGGGUUGAUUUAA